GUGCAGCACCAGACCCCCUCUUUUCACAGAGCUGGUGCGGGGUCAACAGAGUUCCCACCCAAAGAACAACAGACAAGUGUUUCAAGGCGACGGAUUCCUUCUCCCUCCUUGCACCUCGAAUUCAAUCACUUCACCAACGGAAGGCCGCGGAUUCAAACUACAAGUCGACAACACUUCAUUUUCCGGAGGAGGAACUCCGCGCGGUCGGUGGACCGUCUCUUGUUAUAACUGAGCUGCUCUCAAUCAUUCCCUAGAAAAACGAGUGUUUCCGACGAUUCAGUGCCCCGACAUCUCCCGCUUGACGCGAACAGCCUCGAAAUGCCUCUCUCUUUGCCCACACCGGAGGAAAUAAUCACGAAGUGUUGGGAUGACCUUUUGAAAGGUGAAAAGAGUGGAAUCGCACGCUUCUUCCCCGACAAACUCGAAGGAGAUCCCAAAAUCGCCGAGGCGUCCGUGAAAGCGGCUGAGAUGGUGGGGAAAAUAAUGCAACAUGGUUGCAUGAAGGAAACUGCGAUUCAGUUGUCGCUGCUGGCCCUGUACGACGUCGUCCUGUUGGUCGACAAUAUUAUCAGCAUGCGGAUUGAAGACAACGGCGAGCAGAUUGAGACGCUCAAGAAAACUCUCAAGUCCAUCGCUUCGGUGUACAGACUGGUCGCUCAGAUCGGCAGGAUAGUCCCCGUCAAGUUUUUGAACUCCAACUUGUCGUUCAGAGAGGUCGGACCGACAAAGGUCGAUGAAAUCGUCGCCAAAACGAGUUCCGAGACUAACCCUCUCCUUAACAACUCUGUGGUCGGUACGGCUCUGCUGAUGCCGUCGCGCACGGUCUUACAGAUCGAAGGCGAACCACAGUGGCUUCUGCGCAAAGUCAUGAAGGAAAAGGCGCUGGAGCUACGGGGAAAAUAUGGCCCCAAAGGACCGCAAGCUGUGGCGUACCAAUUCGCUAUGAUCGGGACAGAUACGAAAGCAAUAGAGCUCCUCAAAAAUCUCGACGACGAUAAGGAACUGGGCGAAUAUAUCGAUUGCAUGCCCAGCGGAAGCCUCGACAAGAUGCAAGAGCCAGCCGAUAAAUGGAAUAUCCUUCCGAAACUUUUCCUUGGCGCACUCUUAGACAUCUGGGACGAACACACUCCUAUCGCAUUCGAGAGCGAGUCGGAAUCAAACGAAGUACUCAAUGGACGGGAUACGAGCUUGGAGACGGAGGAGGAUUGUGCUGUUGAUGAUGAUGGCGAUGAGGACUUUUUCUGA